AUAUAGUUUUUAUUCAAAUACAUAAAUGGUUAUAGUUUCGAUUAUAAUUAAUCUUUUAUAUAAUCCACUUAAAAUAUUGCUUCACGUACGAGGACAUAUCAUGUAACGUGCACAUAACAUAUAUAAUGCAUAUUAUGCAGAAAGAAAGGGAAAGUUGAAAACUAAAAAUCAAUCGACAUAGGAAUUCCUUAUAUGACGAUUUAUAGUUGUAAUUUUUAAAAUUAUGACUGUUACGAUGAUAAUUAUUACUAAUGUUUAUAGGCUACAGAAAGCAACAGUCAUUUGGACAAGCGUAGAACUAGUUUUAUUACUAUUUCACUACGAAUAGAAAUACAUGAUUUAAGACACGAUGAAGUUAGAACGUACUAUCUUUUCUGUUACAGUUAUAUCAAUCUUUUAUCACUGUAAAUUAGUUAAAAAGUAUAAUUCUUUAUUGAACAUAAAAAGUCAACGGUCAAGCUUUGUGCCUAUUAUAUCGAAGUAUUCUUUUUUAAUACCCACAUUUGUGUUCUUCUGAAAACUAAAUUUGGUAAAAGUUAUGUCGCAAUACGUAUGUAUGUAGAAUUCAUUGUGACAGAAUACCGUAAUAAUUUCUACGAUUUUUCACACAUAAGUGAUAGAGUUACGUCAGGGGCUAAACAAAAAAAAACAUUGUGUGAUGUUUUAGCACUAAAAUGAGUCGGAACGAAUCGAAACGGGACGGUCGACCGAAAUUUCCGACUUUGCACAAUUUUCUGUACUCCAUGUUAUAAACUUAUAAUGUGAUAACAUUGGGACCUAGAUUUUUUCCCUCAGGAUCAUGAAUGUAAUCAUGUAGAAUUCAGUGUAAAGAAAAUGAUGCCUCAUUUUGUAGCUUUAACACCUGUACGAAGACGAUGUUUGAUGAUACUGUCAAUCAUAUUAGUGCCAUGCGCAAUAUUAAACCUUUUAUCGCCAUCGGAUUUGCAUGAAGAGACUGUUUUGCAGAACAGUAUUGCAGAAUUACAAGCUAAAUUGGAACACUUACAUGCUAAAUACGUUACAAGUCAGGAAGAAAUAAAUCUACUAUCGCAUCAGCUACUACAAUUAAUAGAAAAUAAUCACAUUUUACCAGAUGUUCAAUUUCUACUUAACAAUGCAACAACAAAUGUGACCAAUAUAAAAUUACCAUCUAUAUACAAUUUUCUUCCACAUUUUUUGAAUGACCCUAAUAGUUUACAUCCAGCAUUUGUUCAAAGCAAGGGACGUACUGGAGUUAGUAUGAUACUUGGUGUACCUACCGUUAAGAGAGAAGUGCAAACUUAUUUAAUGGCUACACUUAAGAAUUUAUUGGAUCGUAUGAAUCCUACAGAAACAGCAGACACUUUAAUCAUUGUCCUAGUGGCAGAAACAGAUUUGGAGUAUGUUACCUAUGUGGCAAAGCAAAUUGAAGUUCAAUUUCCAAUUGAGUUUGAAACUGGUGUAAUCGAUGUGAUAUCUCCAUCUGCAUCUUAUUAUCCAGAUCUAUCUAAACUGCGUGAUACUUUGGGUGACAAUCAUCAACGAGUAGUUUGGAGAUCAAAACAAAAUUUGGAUUUUGCAUUUCUUAUGUCUUAUGCUCAGACAAAAGGCACCUUUUAUGUACAGUUAGAAGAUGAUAUUUUAGCUAAAAAGAAUUUUAUAACUACAAUGAAGACUUUUGCAUUGCAAAAAAUUGCGACCAAAGAAAAUUGGUUUGUCUUGGACUUUUGUCAAUUAGGAUUUAUUGGAAAAUUGUUCAAAUGUGCAGAACUGCCAUGGCUAGUCCAAUUUUUUUUAAUGUUUCAUAAUGAUAAACCAGUUGAUUGGUUAUUAGACCAUUUGGUAUCAACUAAAGUUUGUAGUCUUGACAAAGAUAGCAAACAUUGUAAAAUGGCUAAGGCCGAAUUAUGGGUUCAUUACAAACCCUCCCUUUUUCAACACAUAGGUACACAUUCUUCGCUAAAAGGGAAAGUGCAGAAAUUAAAGGAUAAACAGUUUGGCAAAGUGACAUUGUAUUAUGCGCACGAGAAUCCAGCAGCCACAGUUGAAACGCGAAUUAAACCUUACAAACAAUAUACAUUACAAAAGGCCUACAAAGGAGAGUCCUUCUUUUGGGGUCUUCUGCCGCAGCCAGGGGACCAUUUGAAAUUUAAAUUUUCACACCCUAUUUUUAUAAAAAGGUACUUAUUUAGAAGUGGAAAUCCUGAACACCCGUCUGACAGAUUCUAUAACACGACGGUGGAAAUAUUGACAGAAACAUCCGUGUCUUUGAAUAGAAAUAGUAACGAUGUUACCGAAGAUGGUUACAUUAUUAUAGGAAAAUUUGAUGUUCUUGGGGUUGCUCAAGGAACGGUUGAUCCGAAAUUCGGAAGGAUAUUAAUACUCCGUUUGACUGUUCACAGUGAAAGUGAAAAUUGGGCGAUCUUAUCUGAGAUACAUAUAGUCGAAGAUCAUCCCAGUUGACCUUCAGGAAGGGUAUUCCGAAAUUACGUUCGGCAGCAUUUACAGGGAAAGUACACGUAAUAAGUUAAUGAAUAAAUUAUUUUUAGUUCAAUGUGUGUCACUAUGUGUCGGAUAGGUUUUGAAUUAUAACAAAAAUGAUUUGUUUCAUGCCGUCCAACGGAAGAAAGGAAAUUGCUUGAACAUUGUUUUAGCAAAAAAUUCUAUUCAUCUUUUCUGAUGAAUUUAUGAAUGCAUUUGAUUCUUAAAGAAAUCAACAUUAUAUACUAUAUACAUUUAUAUAUAUAUAUAUAUAUAUAUAUAUAUAUAUAUAUAUAUAUAUAUAUAUAUAUAUAUAUAUAUAUAUAAAUGUGUAUAUGUAUUAUAUAUUAUUAUACGAAGCGACACGAUGUCAAGGUUUUUUAUUAUCGAAAUUUUAUUCCAUUUUACUAAGGUCAGUGCUCGAACGAUUUACGAAAUUUUCGACCACUUUUACCACUCUUCUAAUCGAAACAGUACCUGCGUAGUCAAUAUAUAUUAUUUCGUUCAUUAAGGGUCAAAAUACAAAUUAUAAUUUCACGUAUUUCUUGUGAAUUAGUCUAGAGAAGAGAAAAAGGCAAACUCGUUUUGUGAUCUAAAGCACAAUGUUAUUAAUAUUAACAAGAGUGCAGUAUAUAUUUAACAGCGCAAUAAAAUUAAGUGCCAGACUAUUUUAAGAGACCUAAGAUCGAUACGCGGAUGGAAUGAUGUUACAAAGAGAAAAGGAACAAGCAGGAAUAUACGUAUUUGAUAUAUGUAUAAUUAUGUGCAAUUAUAUACUUUCUGUAAUAUAUUAUUAAAACUGUAACAUUAAAGAUCUAGACUCUCGGAUCUUUGUUAAAUUUUAAGAUGAAAACGGUGAUAAGAAAUUUGUAUUGUUCUCCUACAUGUAUUAUUUAUUUCGUAUUGCUUCUUAUACACAUAAAUAUACACACAAUA